AUGACCACCGUCGGCAGCGGAAAGCACACCUACACGCUGACCUCUGAUUGGGCGAAGAUGCCCGAUGCUCAUCCCCUGGGAGCGGUCAGCGCCCUGGCCAGCGAUUCCGCCGGCAGCAUCUACGCGUUUCACCGCGCGGACCCGCCCGUCGCCAUCUUUGACCGGGAAACCGGCAAUUUCACCGGCGGCUGGGGCAACGGCUCAUUCGUCUACGCCCACGGCUUUUACAUCGAGGACGACAUCGUGUACCUGACCGACCGCGAUACCUCGGUGUGCAUCAUGUAUACGCUCGACGGCAAGCCAAUCCAGAUGCUGGGUCGGUUCCCAAGCCGUGGGACGACGAGAGUGAAACUCGAAAGUUCCAGGAAAUGA